CUUCCAUAAUAAUUGUGCACAGAUAUUAUGGAUGUUUCUUUCUCUAUUAUCUACAGCACGCCUAUUGGAAUUAAAGAAGCCUAUUUUCACGUUAAUUCCAAGAAAUCCAUUUUUCAGCUUCAAACUUAUCUUCCAAAAUCCUUCCAAAAUCUGAUUUGACGUUCAGUCAUUUUCCAAGAAAUCCAUUUUACAGCUUCAAACUUGUCUCCCAAAUCCUCCCAAAAUCAGAUUUACCAUAAAAUUCUUAAUCAAUUAAAUCUCUAUCAAGCUCCCACGAAAUUAGGUUUGUAUUUUUUCAAAUCAAAUACGCAACAUUGCUUGAUUUUCGGAGAUAUUUAUGUUGUUUAGAUCAUGCAGGUUUCUUCAAUUUUUAUUAGGUUAAAUUCUUUAAUAUUUAUUUGUUCAUAAAUUUUAGGAUCUGGAUUGUUGAAUAUAAUGUCUAAACGAAAUACCAUAAGGAUAAUCACAAGAGAUACAAAAUAUACCAAAAAUUUCAUGGUUGAAAUACCAUCUUUUGAUCUAGGUAUAACUCAGAUUAAAACAUAAAAUUCAGGAUAUACUGCUACGAUGGAAUUACAUAAGAAGCCGAAAGAUGAAAUAGCAAGGUCUCCUUCAAAAAGAAAAGUAGGGUCAACGGUGAAAGCGAUUGAAAAAAAUUGUUACAAGAGGAGGAAAGUAAAAAAUGUAGUUUCUGGCAUGAUUGGAGAAAAUGCAGUUAAUGAAGAACAAGACGAAGUCAAUGAAGAAUUAAAGGGUAUCAGAUUUCAUGUAUUGGCUCGCCCAAUUAAACCCCCACGCAUGCAGGUUUAUGUGAACCGUAACAUAGUCACAGAUUUGAAGGGGAAGCUUACAUCGAUCCAAUUCAAUCGAUUUAAAGAUACAUGUUUUGGAGCAUAUAAAAAAAUGCACGUGUGUGGAGCGCAAUCACAAAUGUUUAGGUGUUUCAUGGUAUGUGAAUGAUGAAUCGUUGUUUCAUAUAAAUCAUACCACGCUCUGUUUUGGUAUCAAAGAAUUUGCUAUCAUUACUGGGUUGAAUUGCUUUGGUAAUAAAGAUGACUUUUUGUUUGAUACAAGUAAGCCAAACAAAUUAAUUAAUCAGUAUUUUGAGGGUAAAAGUAUUGUUACAAAAGUGGAUUUGAUCAGCAAGUAUAAAAAAAAGGUUUGGGGUGGUGGCAAUGAUGAUGAUGUUGUUAAAUUCGCUAUUUUGUAUUUUAUUUGUACGUUCAUAUAUUCCGGCGAGAAGAAGAGCUCAUCAAUUUCAAGGAUACAUUUUGAUCUAGUUGAGAGCGGCCGGUACCAUGAAUACCCCUGGGGAAAUAUGUUUUCUACAAAUUGCUCAAAAGCGUAACAAAAAAAAUGGAUGAGAAGAAAGAGUAUUAUAGAAUUGAUGGUAUGCCUCUAGUCAUGGAAAUUUGGAUAUAUGAACGUUGUUCUGCGGUUGAUUCGAAUAUUGCUGUAAAGAAAAGCAAUCGUAUUUCCAGAAUCGUCAAUUGGAUGACCAGAAACAACAAAAUACAUUAUGAAUUCCUCAUGGAAGGAAUGUUCAGUGAUAACCGCAAUCCGUUAAAAUUCAAAAACAUCGAACCUUCACUUAAGGAGAUUGCAUUUUAUCAGCUUGAAUCAAAAAGUGAUGCAAUCACAGAGAUUACCUUUCAAGAUGUUGGUGACAAAGAUGACGACGAAGAUGAUUAUUUCACUUCAAAGCCUCCAAAUCAUAAGCCACACAGUAAAAAAAAAGGGAAAUUGAAGGCAUAUGUUUUAAGAUCCACAUUGAUCAAAACGUCCAAUUUGUAUGCAGGUUCAAGGUUGAAAGAUAAACGCCCACCAGUAUUGAAUGAUAGUCGUAAGGCAAAGAGUACAACUUUAAAUUCUGAUUCAAAUCUAUUGGAGGAUAAUGUAUCAGUACAGGAGUUGCAUAACUGUCCUGAUGAUUUUGCUAACCGUACACCACCGAGGAGUUCGAAAGAACCUCAAGAUAACCACAUCGCAUACAACGUGACGUAUGUGGAGGAUAUACCUCAACAAGGAUCAGAUUUUUUUGGAUUGCGGGAUAUACUUGCUAGCAUUUGCCGAGUACCUAAGUGAGGGUGAAGGUAUUCCAGUUCAAUACCUUGAUUCUAAAUUACACCGCAUCAGAUACGGUGCACUCUUGUGGAAAUAUGCAAUGAAAAAGAUGAAAGACGGGGAUGAUAGAGAUAAUGAGGCACCGCCAAGAAGAAUGAGGAUACCCGCAAGGAUCGAUAAUAGUCAACUUGUUCUAUUGAUUAGUAUUUUGUACUAGUUCUAUUUUUUGAACUUAUGGUUAAAACUAAAUUUGUUUUUUUGUCAAACAUUAUCAACUUUUCUUUAUAUUCAUAUAUGAUCACAUUAGUUGUUUUAAA